GUCAGCGGAGAGAAGCCGUACGCUGAAAUAAAGACAGAAUAUCCAAUGCUUUAGUUUGGUUUAGUUAAUCGGAGAUGGACCGACCCCGGAAACAGCUGGUGGGGGUUAUAAAAACUGAAACGGAACUGCGAGGAGAAGCUUUACCUUCAGAUAUCCAGAAAGUGAUUGUUGGUGAAGAGCAGGAAUGGAGCUCAUGUUUGGACCAGGAGGACACAAAGCCCCCACACAUUAAAGAGGAACAGGGGGAAGUCUGGACAAGUCAGGAGAGGGAGCAGCGUCAAGGCCUGGAGGAGGCUGAUAUCACCACGUUUUCAUUUACUCUUGUCCCUGUAAAGAGUGAAUAUGAUGAAGAAAAACCUCAUUACUCACAACUUCAUGAAAGACAACCUGAACAGAUGAAAACAGAAGCUGAUGGAGAGGACUGUGGAGGACCAGCGCCAGUCAGACACUCCGAUCCAGACAGACAUUUACAGCCAGACACUGACAAGACUGGAGACUCUUCUGAACCUGAGACUGAUAGAAGUGGUGAUUGGAAGCAGACCAAAAGAAUUCAGUCAGAUUUAAACUCUCUGAAUAGCGAUCAAAUAUGUAGUACUGGUGAGAAAUCAUUUAGCUGCUCUGGGUGUGGAAAAAAAUUUGGCACCUAUAAACACUUGAAGAGACACAUGAUAUCUCAUACCGGAGAGAAACCAUUUAGCUGCUCCAUCUGUAAGAAAUAUUUUGCAUUGAGACAACGUUUACAGGCACACAUGAGAAUCCACACAGGAGACAAACCAUUUAGCUGCCCCACCUGUAAGAAAGCUUUUACAGAGAGCGGAAGUUUAAAGAAACACAUGAGAAUCCACACUGGAGAGAAACCAUUUAGCUGCUCCGUCUGUAAGAAAGCUUUUACAGAGAGUGGGAAUUUGUAUAAACACAUGAGAACCCAUAGCCGCAAGCCAAUUCUAAAGAAUUGCAUGAGACGCCACACCAGAGAGAAACCAUUCAACUGUUCAGUCUGUAAGAAAGCUUUUACACUGGGUGAAAAUUUACAGAAACACAUGAGAACCCACACAGGGGAGAAACCGUUUAGCUGUUCAAUCUGUAAGAAAGCUUUUUCCGCGAGCGGAAGUUUACAUAGACACAUGAAAAUCCACACAGGAGAGAGACCGUUCAGCUGUUCUGUCUGUAAGAAGGCUUUUUCGGUGAGUGGGAAUUUACAUAAACACAUGAGAACCCACACAGGAGAGAAACCAUUUAGCUGCUCGGUCUGUAAGAAAGCUUUUACAGAGAAUGGAAGUUUACAUAAACACAUGAGAAUCCACACAGGAGAGAAACCAUUCAGCUGCUCCAUCUGUAAGAAAGCUUUUACUGUGAGUGGAAGUUUACAGACACACAUAAGAACCCACACAGGAGAGAAGUCUUUUAGCUGCUCAGUUUGUAAGAAGUCGUUUAUACUGAGUGGAAAUUUACAUAAGCACAUGAGAACCCACACAGGAGAAAAACCAUUUAACUGCUCAGUCUGUAAGAAAGCUUUUACAGAGAGUGGAAACUUAAAUAAACACAUGAGAACCCACACGUGAUAGAAACCAUUUAGAUGUGGAGUAGAGCUUCAGUCAAGAAGGAGAGCAGAGCUCCUCAGUCAGGUGUACAAACUUUUUAAUUUAAAGUUAAUGAGGUCUCUAAAAGUGAUAUUAGAUGUAAUACUCUGUCUUUUUAAAAAAAGUAAAAUCCAAUAAUCUUAUUUUAGAAAUGAUUUUGACAGUGUUUAAAAAUCUAUUGGAUUAUGAAGUUAAUGUUUGGAUCAUUAAUAACUCUCUUAGCCUUAUUCUUGUGGCGCUUGGAGUAAAUAUAUAAGUAAAUAUAAGUGUGUGUGUGUGUGUGUGUGUAUAUAUAUAAGUAAAAUAUCCUUUAGGCAGGUGAGGGUACAAUCUACUGUAUGGUUACCUAUAAUCAUGCUUUGCAGGGCCUUACCGUACUGUUCUGUGCGGUUUCUGUACCGAGCAUGAUGAAGUGAAGCUCUUGAUAAAUUCCUCAGUAUUUGAGGAUAUCUGGAAGUUCCUCAGGCGUCAGAAACCGUCUCUGCCUUGCCUUUCUCACCACUUAGUCAGUAUUCAGCUCCCAGACCGUCAGUGAACAUGAACAACCAACAUGAACUUUUAAGGUCCAAUAUGUACUAAUGUACAAGCGUUUAAAAUGGUUACUGCAGUCCAAAUUCUAAAUACUGGAGAGUCAUCUAUCCCGUUUCCUCCUCCCCAGCGUUGAAGUUCACGGGGGUUUCCAGGUUGCGAACAUAAACCCCAAUGUCCCACAAUGUCAACGUCAAUGUUAGCUAGAUGCUAGUCUUGCAUUGCCAGACAUUACUCCACAGGGCAGCAGAUUUGCUAGAUGCUGCUAGGUUGACAGUUAUAAAAGCUGGUGCUUUUGCGGGAAUCUGUAACCUGGCCGCAAGUUACAUUUUAUUGGCCAAACAUAACAACAAUGACCGUGACCUUGCAGAGCUUUGUGCCCGACUGACAGCUACCCUUUCUCCGCUUAACGUCACUGCAACAGGUGCUAAAAAGACCCCGACCUCGCAGUCGUCACUGUUUGUAGGCUACAGCCGCUGAACAGAAGCAGGGAAAGAAUUUCGGCAGGGGCGGAGAUUUUCGGAACUAACCUUACCAUUUUACACACCCUGUUAUACAGCUUAUCUUUACACUGCACAUUACACUUUAUGGUUGCAUGCCAGUGUGUAUCUAAGUGGGAAUCAUCUCAUCACAACCUUGAAGCUUGUGAUGGGAACGUUAGCCACAAGAAAAUUCCUUAACCUACAUUGCAAAUAGGCUUGUAUAGAACAUUAGCUUACCAAUCCAAAUUUUCAGGCCACAGGGUUGUUUUGGAAAGUAAAAUUGCAUGUUUCCAUUAUUCUGAAAUCAAACUUGCAUUUUCUCUCAUAUGUCCGUCAUGGUGGUUGGCUGUGGCCUGCUUGCCUGGUCUUCCGGUAAUGUUAGCGUGUUAGCAUGGCGGUGUUUGCACCAGUUGGGAUCCCUUCACCGGCUAUCUAAUUUUUUUUUGCAACUAACGUAACACAAGUACUACAUAAUUUGAUGUAGUGUUAAUUUCGUCAGACGAGACUAAAUCUGUUCAUCAACUAUCUUUUUUUUUAUGAAUUAGACGAGACGAUGACAAGUCUGCACCAAUGUCCAAACACGCUGACUAUGACCUAAUGUUAUUGUUGACGAAAAAAGACGAGACUAAAAUGGUUUGCAUAAAAUAACAGCUAAGAUUAAAAUUUUACUUAAUUUUUGUCUACAACCGUCUCUACUUUUUCAUCAUGAGAGAGAAUAUCCAGCUGUUACCGCACUGGGAUCUUAACAACAGUUAUCUACCGGACUAAGCAACGCUUCUCUGUGAUGCUCCUAAACAUCGUCGCAUGUCAUCCUAGUUAACGCUACACUUUGCAGCAGGUAACGUUAGCCUACCUUUAGCUAGCAGCUGGAGUAAACACGGUUAAAAUGCUGACAGCUAAACGGUGUAGAAGUUUGUCUGUAUUUCACUGUAGAGGAUUCCUGUAGCUGCCGUUGUCUGAAAAACAGCAGAUGUUGCUUUCACUUGAAAUUCACCUCGCCAGCCUCAUGCUGCAUUCAAAGAUAUUGUAAAAUACCCUUUUCCCAUCCAGUGGUUGUUUUUGUCGUUUAACAGGAA